AAAGCUCUUUCGCAUUUUUCACCAUUUUUAUCACUUGCUCUGUUUUACCCUUAUUGUUGUUGGUGGUGUUACUUCUGGUUUGCCUAAUGUUCUGACGUUGCAUCUUGUUCUGUUGUUCAUUUAUUUGGUUUGCUUCACGUCCUAUAAAAGAGCGGGAAGGGAAAAGCCAAAACCAAAAAGCACCCAAAAACAAAAAUGGAGAUUGUUGCUACUUGUAGUAGCUCUUUUGCCACCGAAGUUGCCAAAGUCGUUCCGAUUAAACGCCAUGUUAGUUACAUUCUCGACCGACAGAAAAAUCUUGAAGAUUUCAAGAAAAAAGCUAAGCAGUUAGAGGAUGAAAGAGAGAGUGUAAAGCAUGCUGUUGAAGCUGCCGAAAGAAAUGGGGAGAAGAUUGAGUUGGGUGUUCGGAAGUGGCUGAUUAGCGUGGACCAAAAAAUCAAGGAAUAUGACGAGAAAGUCAGAGCCCUUGAAGACAAAGCAAAGGAGAGGUGUUUCAAUGCGCUGUGUCCUAACGUCAAGUUUUACUACCGGCUAGGCAAGAAAGCACAAGAACACGCGAAGGUUGUUGCUGAACUCCUGGAACAAGGAAGAUUUGACAGAAUUUCAUACCGUCCUGCUCCGGAGGGGAUAGGAACUAUGUCUAACAAUUAUUAUGAGGCUUUUCAAUCAAGAGGCAGCAUUCUGGAGGGAAUCAUGGAGAACUUAAGGGAUCCCAUUCUCAAAAUGAUUGGGGUGUACGGCAUGCCUGGUGUGGGCAAGACCAUGCUUGUGAAAGAAGUUGCCAGGACGGUGAGGGAAGAGUACUUGUUUGAUGAGGUUGUGAUGGCGACCAUAACACACAAUCCAAACAUAACAAACAUUCAGGGAGAAAUUGCGGACAUGCUAGGCUUGCGAUUUGAUGAGGAGUCGGAGUCUGGAAGAGCAAUGCGGCUUCGUCAGCGAUUGAGAAGUGAUAAGAAGGUCCUUGUAAUUUUAGACGAUAUUUGGGCAAAACUCGACUUAGAUGCUAUUGGGAUUUCUUUAGAGGAUGACAAGAAUAUUGCCCCUGAUGAGAAUGAAGGAUCUAUCAUGCAAAAUAUUGCCCCUGAUGAGAAUCAAGGAUCUAUCAUGCAAAAUAUUAACGGAAGUUCUCUUGAGAAAGUUUCUACCGUUAAAAGCAAAAUAUUGCUGACCUCAAGAAACCUCGAUGUACUCUGCCGUAUGGAUGCUGAAAAGAAGUUUGAAUGCAGAAUUUUAUCUCGAGAAGAAGCAAUGACUUUGUUCGUCAGAAUCGUUGGUGAUGUAGUACACAAUCCUAGUUACAAACCGAUAGCGAAUCAAGUCGUUGAAAAAUGUGCAGGCUUACCGGUUGCUGUUUCAACAAUUGCAAAUACAUUGAAAGGUAUGAACCUUGACAUUUGGGAGAACGCUUUGCGACAACUAAAAAGGUCAAAUGCAACAAACAUAGAAGGAAUGGAGGAAGGGGUGUACUCGAUCAUAGAGUUGAGUUACGAAAGGUUAAAAGAGGAAGCACAAUCAUUAUUCCGACUCUGUGCCCUGUACCGUCAAGGUUCUGAUAUUCCCAUCCGUAAUUACUUGCUACGACACCACUUGGGUUUGGAUUUGUUGGAAGGCGUUAGAACUCUGGAGGAAGCAAGAAAAAGUGUGAGCGAUUUGGUUCAUAAGCUCAAAUCGUCUAGUUUGCUACUCAGCGGUUGUAAUGAUGAGUUUGUGAAAAUGCAUGACAUUGUCCGCGAUGUCUCCAUUUCGAUUGCGUCUCAAGAGAACCAGAUGUUUGUUAUAGAGGAAGGAAUUCGCAUGAAAGACUUACUGAAGAAGGGAAAACUCAACAACUGCACUGCUUUGUCGCUACCAUACGGUGACAUUCAUCAGGAGCUUCCAAAAGUGUUAGAAUGUCCGAAACUUAAGCUAUUUCUGUUGACUGAGGACGAUGACCGCCAGUCAGAAGUUCCUGACACGUUUUUCGAAAAGAUGAAUGAUCUCCAGGUGUUACAGUUGAAUGGUAUGCGCUUUCCAUCUCUACCUUCUUCAUUUCUUUCUCUAACGAACCUUCAAACUUUGUGUUUGGAUUUCUGUGCGUUGAGUGACAUAGCACUUAUUGCAAACUUGAAGAAACUGGAUAUCCUUAGCCUUUGUAGUUCUAAAAUAAAGCAAUUGCCCAAUGAAAUUGCACAACUAACUCAGCUAAGGUUGUUGGAUCUAAGCAAUUGUUUCAAACUUGAAGUGAUUCCAGCAAACAUCCUAUCAAGCUUGACCUGUUUAGAAGAAUUGCACAUGGGCAAUAGCUUUAACCGAUGGGAUGUUGAAGGUAAUGCUAGCCUUGUUGAGUUGAAGAAUUUGGACCGUCUGACUACUUUAGAUGUUCAUAUUCGUGACGCACAAAGUCUACCGAAAGACUUAUUCUCUGAAACGAAGUUGGAAAGAUACAAAAUUUUCGUAGGAGAAGCACUAUGGGAUUGGUUUGAUAAGCAUAAAUACUCUAGAACACUGAAGCUCAUGCCAAACACAAGAAUUAAUUGGGAUCGUGGAAUUAGAAUGUUGCUGACGAGAACUGAAGACCUUUAUGUGAACGAAGUGCAGGGAGUCAAAAGUUCACUUCAUGAGUUAGGUGAAACGGGUUUUCCGCAUUUGAAGAAUGUUCAUGUUGAAAAUAAUUCGGAAAUUCAAUAUAUCAUUAACUCAAUUCGUGGGAUUUCAUGCGAAGCCUUUCCCUUGUUGGAGUCAUUAUUUCUGCACAAUUUGAGUAAUUUGAAGAACAUCUCUCAUGCUCAAAUUUACGUGGAGUGUUUCAGAAGUCUAAAAAUCAUUAAAGUUAUAAAUUGUGAUUCAUUGAAGAAUCUUUUCUCAUUCUCCUUAGCAGAAAAACUCUUCCAGCUUCAAGAAAUUGAAGUAACUGAUUGCAAAAAUAUUGUUGACAUUAUUGGUGCGGACAGAGAACGGGACAAUGAAGCAACUGAUCAAAUUGAGCUUCGGGAAUUACGAUCCAUCACACUACAAUGUCUACCACAGCUCAUUAACUUCCGCUUUCAAGAGAAGAAACAUUCCACAACGUCUAGCAUAGCCUCGCCACUUUUCACUGGAAAGAUGGCAUUUCCACUACUGGAGAACCUUAAGGUAUCCUCAAUUAACAUUGAAAGGAUAUGGCCCUACCAACUUCCGAGAGUGUCUUAUUCGAUGCAAAAUUUGACAAGCUUGAUCAUUGAGGGGUGUGACAACUUAAGGGACGUAUUAUCCUAUUCUAUGGCUGAAAGUCUGCAGCAGCUCAAAAGCUUUGAGGUCAUUGAUUGCAGGUGCAUACAACAGAUAGUAGCAAUGGAGGAGAUAAAAGAAGGUGGAAACAGAGCUACAGUUUCAUUCCCUCGAUUAAUCUCUCUAAAAUUAAAGGAUCUUCACAAACUCAUCGGAUUUUGCCAUGAAAAUUAUUUUCUUGAAUUCCCAUCCUUGAAGAUUCUAGAGAUAAAGCGCUGCCUUGAAUUGAAGGGAUUCAUCAACGUAUGUAUUGGUAGUACUACUGAAGUACUGUUCAACGAACAGGUUGCUUUUCCCAACUUGGAGAGAAUGACAAUCUCCCAUUUGAGAAAUGUGAAGAGGCUAUGGUAUAACCAACUACAUACGAAUUCUUUUUGUAAGAUGAAAGAGUUGAAAGCUGAGUACUGUGAUGAGUUGUUAAAUAUUUUUCCAUCAUUUGUACUGGGAAUAUUUCACAAACUAGAAACACUAAGAGUAACCGAUUGUGGUUCACUAGAAGAAGUGUUUGAACUCCAAGCCCAAGGGUUAGAAAUCAAAGAUACAUGUGUUGUGGCCUUCCACUUAAAAGAAUUAAUGCUCUUUCGUUUGCCAAAGUUGAAGCAUGUCUGGAACAAGGAUCCACAAGGAAAUAUUUCAUUUCAAACUCUACGUGUAGUAAAUGUGAGGAAAUGUUGGAGUUUGAAAAGUCUGUUCCCAUUUUCAAUAGCCAAAGGUCUUCCACAACUUGAAAGCCUUUUAGUUCAACAAUGUGGGGUGGAGGAGAUUGUUUCAAAGAAUGAAGGAUUAGAACAGGAAAUUCGGUUUGAAUUUAAUCAGUUAUCCUUCCUUAAGCUUUGGAAAUUAACAAACCUCAAAUGUUUUUACCCAGGAAUGCACACCAUUGUGUGGCCGGUGUUAAAAAAUUUGAAGACGCAUGGGUGUGAGGAGAUAAAGAUAUUUGGUCAAUUAGAAGCCCAUAUCCAAAAAUCACUUUUUGUGAUUGAAAAGAUCAUCCCUCAAUUGGAGGAAGUGUCAUUUAGCAGUGAUGAUAUUGCAAUGAUAUGUGAUGGCCAGUUUGCGUCACACUUCUUUUGCCACAUAAAACUCCUUCAAAUUACUUGCUACCUCGAUGAAUCGGCAGUUUUUCCCUUUUUUUUCCUCCAAAGAUUUUACAAUCUGGAAAUGCUUCAGGUGUUUGGUUGCAACUUCAAAGAGCUAUCUCCUUACGAAAGAAAUGUUGGUAAGGAUAAAGAAGUCCGGAUGCUCUCAAAACUUAGAAAGUUGAAAUUGGAUUCUCUACAAAAGAUAAUACAUGUAUGGAAGCGAGACUCACCGCUGGGUCAUAUGUGUGCAAGUCUUGAAACUCUUGAAGUUUGGAAAUGUGACAGUUUGAUUAAUUUAGGAGUAUCAUCCGCAUCUUUUGAUAAUCUUAUAAGCUUAGAUGUCUGGAAAUGUAAAGGGAUAGUAGAGUUGAUAACAUCUUCCGAAGCCCAAAGUUUGGUGCGUCUUGUCACAAUGAGGAUAAGAGAAUGUGAAAUGAUGAAAGAAGUAGUUGGGAGAGAGGAAGAUGAAUCAACAUAUGAGAUUAUUUUCAGAGAGUUGAAACAUGUGGAACUUCAUUGUUUACCAAGCCUCAGAAGCUUCUGUUCAGGGAAUUCCAGCUUCAAGUUCCCAUCACUGGAACAAGUGAUUGUGAGCCAAUGUCCUAGAUUGAAGAGCUUCUGUCUUGGUGCUUUAAGCACACCAAAAUUACAAAGAGUACAACUAGAGUCAACGGAUUAUAAGGGGCGUUGGGCUGGUGACCUUGGUGCCACCGUAAAACAGUUACAUCAAGAAAAGGUUGGAUAUCAAUGCCUGAAGCAUUUGAAGUUGUCAGAGUUUCCUGAGUUGGUGGACAUAUGGAAUGGAAAUCCUCAAGAAAUUUUGGACUUGAAAAACCUUGAAUUUCUAGAAUUUUGUAAUUCUGACAACUUGGGAUGCAUUUUUAACCUCUCUAUGGCCUUAAGCCUUGUUCGACUUCAACAGCUGGAAAUAAAGAAAUGCAACAAAAUGGAAGCAGUCAUCAAGGAAGAUGGAUCAGUACUUGAUCAGAAAACAAGAACAGAUAAGAUCAUCAUUUUCCCUUGUCUAAAAUCCAUUUUUAUUGAGCAUUGUCCUGAUUUGACAAGUUUUUGUUGGGGAAGUCCAAUUCUAAUGGAAUGUCCAUCCUUGAAAAUAAUUGAGGUAGCUCACUGCCCCAACAUGACUACUUUUGUCUCUAUAUUUCCAAGAGAUGAGGAGAAAAAUGCAAGAAUUGGUGAUGGAACUGAUAGAAAAGAGGAUGACCUUGAAAUCCUCCCUGCAUUUUUCUGUGAUAAGGUUGUUUUUCCCAACUUGGAGAAAAUGACAAUCUCCCAUUUGAGAAACGUGAAGAGACUAUGGUUCAACCAAUUUCAUGCAGAUUCUUUUUGUAAGAUGAAAGAAUUGAAAGUUGAGUACUGUGAUGAAUUAUUGAAUAUUUUUCCAUCUUUCGUACUUGGAGUAUUUCAAAGACUAGAAAUGCUAAGAGUAACAGAUUGUGGUUCACUUGAAGAAGUGUUUGAACUUGGAGCCCAAGGGUUAGAAAUCAAAGAUACAUGUGUCCUGGCCUUACAAUUAAAAGAAUUGUAUCUCUAUCGUUUGCCAAAGUUGAAGCGUGUUUGGAAUAAGGAGCCGCAGGGAGAUAUUUCAUUUCAAACUCUACAUGUAGUAAAAGUUCGGGAGUGUUGGAGUUUGAAGAGUCUGUUUCCAUUUUCAAUAGCCAAAGGUCUUCCACAACUUGAAAGACUUUUAGUUCAACAAUGUGCGGUGGAGGAGAUUGUUUCAAAGAAUGAAGGAUUAGAACAGGAAAUUCGGCUUGAAUUUAAUCAGUUAUCCUUCCUUAAGCUUUGGAAAUUAACAAACCUCAAAUGUUUUUACCCAGGAAUGCACACCAUUGUGUGGCCGGUGUUAAAAAAUUUGAAGACACAUGGGUGUGAGGAGGUAAAGAUAUUUGGUCAAUUAGAAUCCCAUAUCGAACAAUCACUUUUUGUGAUUGAAAAGAUCAUCCCUCAAUUGGAGGAAGUGUCAUUUAGCAGUGAUGAUAUUGCAAUGAUAUGUGAUGGCCAGUUUGCGUCACACUUCUUUUGCCACAUAAAACUCCUUCAAAUUACUUGCUACCUCGAUGAAUCGGCAGUUCUUCCAGUUUUUUUCCUCCAAAGAUUUUACAAUCUGGAAAUGCUUCAGGUGUUUGGUUGCAACUUCAAAGAGCUAUCUCCUUACCAAGGAAAUUUUAGUGAGGAUAAAGAAGUCCGGAUGCUCUCAAAACUUAGAAAGUUAAAAUUGGAUUCUCUGCAAAAGAUAACACAUCUAUGGAAGCGAGACUCACCGCUGGGUCAUAUGUGUGCAAGUCUUGAAACUCUUGAAGUUUGGAGAUGUGACAGUUUGAUUAAUUUAGGAGUAUCAUCCGCAUCUUUUGAUAAUCUUAUAAGCUUAGAUGUCUGGAAAUGCAAACGGAUAGUAGAGUUGAUAACAUUUUCCGAAGCCCAAAGUUUGGUGCAUCUUGUCACAAUGAGGAUAAGAGAAUGUGAAAUGAUGAAAGAAGUAGUUGAGAGCGAGAGAGAUGAUGAAUCAACAUAUGAGAUUAUUUUCAGAGAGUUGAAACAUGUGGAACUUCAUUGUUUACCAAGCCUCGGAAGCUUCUGUUCAGGGAAUUCCAGCUUCAAGUUCCCAUCACUGGAACAAGUGAUUGUGAGCCAAUGUCCUAGAUUGAAGAGCUUCUGUCUUGGUGCUUUAAGCACACCAAAAUUACAAAGAGUACAACUAGAGUCAACGGAUUAUAAGGGGCGUUGGGCUGGUGACCUUGGUGCCACUGUAGAACAUUUACACCAAGAAAAGGUUGGAUAUCAAUGCCUGAAGCAUUUGAAGUUGUCAGAGUUUCCUGAGUUGGUGGACAUAUGGAAUAGAAAUCCUCAAGAAAUUUUGGACUUGAAAAACCUUGAAUUUCUAGAAUUUUGUAAUUCUGACAACUUGGGAUGCAUUUUUAACCUCUCUAUGGCCUUAAGCCUUGUUCGACUCCGACAGCUGGAAAUAAAGAAAUGCAAUAAAAUGGAAGCAGUCAUCAAGGAAGAUGGAUCAGUUCUUGAUCAGGAAGCAAGAAAAGAUAAGAUCGUCAUUUUCCCUUGUCUAAAAUCCAUUUUUAUCGUGUGUUGUCCUGACUUGACAAGCUUUUAUUUGGGAAAUCCAACUCUGAUGGAAUGUCCAUCCUUAAAAAAAAUUGAGAUAGCUCACUGCCCCAACUUGACUACUUGUGGCUCUAUAUUUCCAAGAGAUGAGGAAAAAAAUGCAAGAAUUGGUGAUGGAAUUGAAAGAAACGAGGAUGACCUUGAAAUCCUUCCUGCAUUUUUCUGUGAUAAGCUACAUUCCUUGACGCUCCACGGUUUGCCAAAGCUAGUUAGCUUUUGCUCCGGAAACAACCAUUCGACUUCCAUUUCUCCAAAAGAGUUGCCACUUUUCAAUGACAAGAUAAUGUUUCCUAAGUUGGAGAAGUUGAAGCUAUCCUCAAUCAGCAUUGAAAGGAUAUGGCACUACCAAAUUGCCGGAGGGUCUAAUUCAAUGCAAAAUUUGACAAGCUUGAUCAUUGAGGGGUGUGACAACUUAAAGCACAUAUUACUCUACUCUAUGGCUGAAUGUCUGCAGCAGCUCCAAAUCUUUGAGGUAAUUGAUUGCAGGUGCAUACAAGAGAUAGUAGCAAGGGAGGAGAUAAAAGAAGAUGGAGAGAGAGCUACAAUUUCAUUCCCUCUAUUAACCUCCCUAAAAUUAAAGGGACUUCCGAAACUCAUCGGAUUUUGCCAUGAAAAUUAUUUUCUUGAAUUCCCAUCCUUGAAGAUUCUAGAGAUAGAGCACUGCCUUGAAAUUAAGGGAUUCAUCAACAAAUCUAUGAGCAAAGAUAUGACUAUUGGCAGUACUACUGAAGCGCUGUUCAAUGAACAGGUUGCUUUUCCCAACUUGGAAAGAGUGACAAUCUCCCAUUUGAGAAAUGUGAAGAGGCUAUGGUAUAACCAACUUCAUGCGGAUUCUUUUUGUAAGAUGAAAGAGUUGAAAGCUGAGUACUGUGAUGAGUUGUUGAAUAUUUUUCCAUCUUUUGUACUGGGAGUAUUUUACAAACUGGAAAUACUAAGAGUAACUGAUUGUGGUUCACUAGAAGAAGUGUAUGAACUCCAAGCCCAAGGGUUAGAAAUCAAAGAUACAUGUGUCGUGGCCUUCCAAUUAAAAGAAAUGCGUCUCUUUCGUUUGCCAAAGUUGAAGCAUGUCUGGAACAAGCAUCCGCAGGGAAAUAUUUCAUUUCAAACUCUACGUAUAGUAGAUGUUUGGGAAUGUUGGAGUUUGAAAAGUCUGUUCCCAUUUUCAAUAGCCAAAGGUCUUCCACAACUUGAAAGGCUUAUAGUUCAAGAAUGUGGGGUGGAAGAGAUUGUUUCAAAGAAUGAAGGAUUAGAACAGGAAAUUCGGUUUGAAUUUAAUCAUUUAUCCUUCAUUAAGCUUUGGAUUUUACGAAGCCUUAAAUGUUUUUACCCAGGAAAGCACACCGCUAUGUGGCCGGUGUUGAAAAAGUUGAGGAUACAUCGUUGUGGAAAGAUAAAGAUACUUGGCCAGCUAGAAUCCCUUAUCCAACAACCACUAAUGGAAAAGGUCAUCCCUCAAUUGGAGGAAGCGUUGAUUAGCAGUGAUGAGAUUGCAAAGAUAUGUGAUGGCCACUAUUCGGAAAAAUUAUUUUGCCAUCUAAAAGUACUUUGGGUUACUUACUACCUCAAUGAAUCAGUUGUUUCUUCGUUUUCUUUCCUCCAAAGAUUUAACAACCUAGAAGCGCUUUAUGUGCUUCAUGCUAACUUCAAAGAGCUGUCUCUUUACGAAGGGAAUUUUGGUGAGGAGAAAGAAGUCUGGAUGCUCCCAAAAAUUAAAAGGUUACAUUUGGAAUAUUUAUGUAAGGUGACACAUCUAUGGAAGCAAGAGUCACUAUUGGGUCAUAUUUGUGCAAGUCUUGAAACUCUUGAAGUUUGGAAUUGUGAUAGUUUGAUUAAUUUAGGAUCAUCAUCUGCAUCUUUUGAAAAUCUUACAACUUUGGAUGUCUGGAAAUGCAAAGGGAUAAUAGAGUUGAUUACAUCUUCCAAAGCCCAAAGUUUGGUUCUUCUUGUCCAAAUGAGGAUAAGAGAAUGUGAAAUGAUGAAAGAAGUUGUUGCGAGCGAGGGAGAUGAUGAAGCAACAUAUGAGAUUAUUUUUAGAGAGUUAAAACGUUUGGAACUUCAUUGUUUAGCAAGCCUCAGAAGCUUUUGUUCAGGGAAUUACACCUUGAAGUUCCCAUCAUUGGAACAAGUGAUUGUGAGCCAGUGUCCUAGAUUGAACAGCUUUUGUCAUGGAGCUUUAAGCACACCCAAGUUACAAAGAGUACAACUAGAGCCGACACAUUAUAAAGGGCGUUGGAUUGGUGACCUUAAUGCUACUGUGGAACAGUUAUACGAAGAAAAGGUUGGAUAUCGAAGCCUAAAGCAUUUGAAGUUGUCAGAAUUUGAUGAGUUGGUGGACAUAUGGAAUAGAAAUCCGCAAGAAGUUUUGGACUUUAAAAGACUCGAAUUUUUGGAGUUUUGUAAUUCUGACAACUUGGGAUGCAUUUUUAACCUCUCUAUGGCCUUCAGCCUUGUGCGACUCCAACAACUGCAAAUAAAAACAUGCAAUAAAAUGGAAGCAGUCAUCAAGGAAGAGGGGUUCCUACUUAAUCUGGAAGCAAGAACAGAUAAGAUCGUCAUAUUCCCUCAUCUAAAAUCCAUUUUUAUCGAGUGUUGUCCUGACUUGAAAUGCUUUUAUUUGAGAAGUUCAACUCUAAUGGAAUGUCCAUCCUUAGAAAAAAUUGAGGUAGCUCACUGCCCCAACAUGACAACUUUUGUCUCUACAUUUCGAAGAGACGAGGAGAAAAAACCAAUAAUUGGUGAUGGAAUUGAAAGAAACGAGGAUGACCUUCAUAUCCUUACUGCGUUUUUCUCUGAUAAGGUUGCUUUUCCCAACUUGGAGAAAGUGACAAUUUCUCAUUUGAGAAAAGUGAAGAGGUUAUGGUUUAACCAACUUCAUGCGGAUUCCUUUUGUAAGAUGAAAGAGUUGAAAGUUGAGUUCUGUGACGAGUUGUUGAAUAUUUUUCCAUCUUUUGUGCUGGGAGUACUUCACAAACUGGAAAUACUAAGAGUAACUGAUUGUGGUUCACUGGAAGAAGUGUUUCAACACCAAGCCCAAGGGUUAGAAAUCAAAGAUACAUGUGUUGUGGCCUUCCAAUUAAAAGAAUUAAUUCUCUUUCGUUUGCCAAAGUUGAAGCAUGUUUGGAAUAAAGAUCCGCAGGGAAAUAUUUCAUUUCAAACUCUACGUAAAGUAAAAGUUCGGGAAUGUUGGAGUUUGAAAAGUUUGUUCCCAUUUUCAAUAGCCAAAGGUCUUCCUCAACUUGAAAGCCUUUUAGUUGAAGAAAGUGGGGUGGAGGAGAUUGUUUCAAAGAAUGAAGGAUUAGAACAGGAAAUUUGGUUUGAAUUUAAUCAGUUGUCCUUCCUUAAGCUUUGGCAAUUAACAAACCUCAAAUGUUUUUACCCAGGAAUGCACACAACUGUGUGGCCGGUGUUGAAAAAGUUGUGGACAUAUUGUUGUGGAAAGAUAAAGAUAUUUGGCCAACUAGAAUCCCAUAUCCAACAACCACUUUUUCUGAUUGAAAAGGUCAUCCCUCAAUUGGACGAAGUGUCAUUUCGCAGUGAUGACAUUGCAAUGAUAUGUGAUGGCCAGUUUCCGUCGGACUUCUUUUGCCAUAUGAAACUGCUUCAAAUUACUUGCUACCUCGAUGAAUCAGCUGUUUUUCCCUUUUUUUUCCUCCAAAGAUUUUACAAUCUGGAAGUGCUUGGGGUGAUUGGUUGCAACUUCAAAGAGCUGUCUCCUUACGAAGGAAAUUUUAGUGAGGAUAAAGAAGUCCGGAUGCUCUCAAAACUUAGAAAGUUAAAAUUGGAUUCUCUGCAAAAGAUAAUACAUCUAUGGAAGCAAGAGUCACCACUGGGUCAUAUGUGUGCAAGUCUUGAAACUCUUGAAGUUUGGAGAUGUGACAGUUUGAUUAAUUUAGGAGCAUCAUCCGCACCUUUUGAUAAUCUUAUAAGUUUGGAUGUCUGGAAGUGCAGAGGGAUAGUAGAGUUGAUAACAUCUUCCAAAGUCCAAAGUUUGGUACGUCUUGUAACAAUGAAGAUAAGAGAAUGUGAAAUGAUGAAGGAAGUAGUUGCGAGCGACGAAGAUGAUGAAUCAACAUAUGAGAUUAUUUUCAGAGAGUUGAAACAUGUGGAACUUCAUGGUUUACCAAGCCUCAGAAGCUUCUGUUCAGGGAAUUACAGCUUCAAUUUCCCAUCAUUGGAACAAGUGAUUGUGAGUGAGUGUCCUAGUUUGAAGAGCUUUUGUCGGGGUGCUUUAAGCACACCGAAACUAGAAAGAGUACAACCAAAGAGGACGGAUUGUAAGGGGCGUUGGGCUGGUGAUCUUGAUGCCACCAUAGAACAGUUAUACAUGGAACAGAAUGUUCAAAUUUCUGAAGAAAAAACUGAAGGUACCAUUUAGUUGCCCCAAGCUGGAAAAAGGCUAAACGGUGUUAUACAGGUGAGACACUACUGUGAUUACAGAAUGCUCAAAUUUCUUUCAAUUAAUUUAAGACAGACGGUGAGUUCAUAAAAAAAAAAAAGAAGUCAGAUGGUGAGUUCAUAUUAAAAAAAAAAGUAAGAUGGUGAGUUCAAUUUGCAGUUACUUUACAGAGGUAGGGUCCUCAUAGGCUGGAGAUGCAUUUUUUUAAGUAUGGCUCUUCCGCUGCCAUGCCUCUUAUCAGUCAGGUUUCUCCCCUGCAAUGUUAAUUCAUCAGCCUCAAUUUCAUAUCCUUCUGGUUUUCUUGACUUUUGGUGUAUGUCCAUACUUUGCAGAAGACUUUUGUGUCUGUAUUAGACUUGUUAUAGUUGAGAUAUUUUGUGUUUAACAUUAUUUAAGGGGACAAUGUAUCAGUGGCAGUUAGGGCAGUCGUGUAUAUAUACUUGUAUCAGAAAUUAAUUGCUAAGCCAUGAGUUCUGGUUUCGGCGUUGCUUUC